UGGUGGGGGAGGCCGGGCGCUCGGCCGCUGAGCGCUAGCGCGGCCGUAGGCAACCCGUACGAGUCAGUGAUCCGAGCGCCGCGAGCCCCUCAGCUCCUCGCUCCCACACGCUUGAGUCGGAGAGGAGCUAGCAGUUUAUCAGGGUGGGGGCACACAAACGCACAACAACGGACGGCCCCAGGGGACCGGGGGGCGCUUCACGUGUCUCAGGAGGAAGUAUUGUUCAGAUUAUCGCUGAGGAAGUAGGAUUCGUUCUGCUGUGGGAGGCGUGUGUUUGAUUGAUUGAUUACCAAGCAACUUGAACCUCAAUAGAAUUUGGAUGGACGACACUCGCUCCCUGAUCACAAAGCGACGCUGGAUCCCCCCUUCUACAAUCAGACGCGAUGAUGCACUCACCCAAGAAACAAAAAAUGACCUCCUAUUCAGGAAGGUCCGAGGAAUCCUCAACAAACUCACACCGGAAAAAUUCCAGAAGUUGAGUGAUGAUCUCUUAGCAAUACAGCUUGACACCAGUACCAUCUUAAAAGGUGUAAUCUUGCUGAUAUUCGAGAAAGCACUCGAUGAGCCGAAGUACAGUUCUAUGUAUGCACAGCUGUGCAAGCGGCUAACAGAAGAAGCACCUAACUUUGAACCUGAAGGCAAACCUUGUACUUUUAGACUCCUCCUGCUGAACAAGUGUCGAUCAGAGUUUGAAAACCGCGCCCAAGCUACUAAAUUUUAUGAAAGAAAUGAUGGAAUCCCACUCACUACAGAUGAAGAAGAGAAGCGGCAGCUGGCAAAACGAAAGAUGCUUGGAAAUAUCAAGUUUAUUGGAGAAUUGGGCAAACUUGGGAUCUUGGCGGAGAGGGUCCUCCAUCAGUGCAUUCAACAACUUCUAUUGGACAGCAAGAAGAAAAUCAUUACAGAGGCAGCGGAGGAUCUGGAAUGCCUCAGUCAGAUAAUGUGCACUUGUGGGAGACUCCUGGAUUAUGAUAUGGCUAGGGGGCUGAUGGAUCAGUACUUCACUCGUAUGAAAGUACUGGCUGAAAACUCAGAAUUGCCGCGGCGAAUUCGCUUCAUGUUGCGUGAUGUGAUUGAACUGCGUGCAAACAACUGGGUUCCCCGAAAGGCUACCACUGUGGAGGGUCCCAUGCCCAUGCAUCAAAUCCGUGAUGAUUCAGACCCCCCAGCGCGCAGCUACACUCCUCCAAGUCGUGGGGGUGACGGGGUUGGUCGCAGUGGUGGAGGCGGUGGCCUUGUUUCAAGUUUGGGAAUGACGGAUUAUUUCCGUCCUCCUAAUAAGAUCCGCCCUGGUGGCUUUGAUGAAAUAGGCUACGGCUACCCGUCGGUUGGCGGGCCUAAUCAAUCUCAUAUCUCUCAGAGGUACGGAAAUGGUUAUUCUGGAAGAGAUGGUGGGAGGGAUGGACACCAUAACAACAACCGCGGCAAUUUCAGAGGGCAGAAUUUUCAAAAUCAUGGGAAGAACUACAAUCAUCACAACAAUCAUCAUAACUUCAAUAACAACUCUGUGAAGGAACUAGGUCCUCGUCUGAAGAAACUGAUGAAUGAUGCUGACAAUACCAACAUCGAAGAAGUUCAGCUUCGUCCUAGUGCCAAUUCCAUGCUCUUCAAGCAAACUCAAACUAAACAACCAAUGCUCAAUACCAGAUCAUCCGGAGUACUGGGCCCACCACCUGGCAGAGGUGUUAACCUUUUGAAUGAGCCUAUUAGCAAUCCACCCAAAGCUCAUGCACCUUUGCUUCACAAAGAACAGCCUAUCCUCAUUAAGCAAGCCUCUCAAGAUAAGAACAAGAAUGCCAGGAAAGACAAGGGUCCAAACAAAGAAGAAGUUCUAAAGAAAGUGCAAACUAUGAUGGAAGAGUAUAUGAAAAAUGCAAGUGUUGAUGAGGCUCUAAGUGCUUACCGAGAACAUAAAAUACCUGAUAAAUUUGUAACUGCUGUUCUUCACACCAUUCUUAACCAUGCUCUUGACAAAUCAGAUAAAGAACGAGAUCAAGUACUCAACUUCGUUGCGGCUCUUCGGAAGGAGAACUUAAUGACAUUACAUCAGUUCCACGACUCUGUCAAAGAGGUUGUGAGUCAAAUGUCUGAUAAGGAGCAGGAAAUUCCCAAAAUAUUUUCCCACGUUGCAAAUUAUGCAGCAAGAUCCAUCAUUUUGGAGCUAAUGACACUUUCUGAUGUUGCUGAGUUAACUGAAGGAGGGUCCUACUAUCCUCUCUUCAUGCUCACAUUGCAAAUACUCAACAAGGAAAUGGGAAAGGCUGAAAUCACCAAGCUUUUUAAUGACAGCAAGAUUAACUUAAUGUCUACUCUGCCGGAUGUGGACCGUACCAAGGAGCGCAUGUCCGAGAUUCUUGAGGAGAGGGGGCUGACAUUCUUAUUUCCGUUGCUUCGUAUUCAAUCGGCUCUUUGGAAGCAAAUUCAGGCUGAUCCAGUUCCAACUCAGUUCUACAAGUGGAUCAAAGAGACCCUUGAUCCAGCGCAUCAGACAGAUUCUGGUUUUAUCAAUGCACUCAUGACAGUGCUCUUGAAAUACAUCUCUCAGGAGUCAACCCUUGGAGAGGGCUCAGAUCCAAAUCUUGUACCAGACAAGGCUUUGCAAGAAAAGGAAAAGGCCUUAUUAGAGAAAUACAAACUGGUUCUCAAAGCGUUCCUUCAUAAUCAUCUGGACUUGCAGGUCACUGCUGUUUACUCCCUGCAGGUGUUUUGUUAUUCCAACAACUUCCCUAAAGGUAUGUUACUGCGUUGGUUUGUGAAUCUGUAUGAUUUGGAAGUGAUUGAAGAAGAAGCAUUUUUCAAAUGGAAGGAAGAUAUCUCUGAUGAUUAUCCUGGCAAAGGAAAGGCGCUCUUCCAGGUUAAUCAGUGGCUUAUGUGGCUAGCGGAGGCAGAGUCUGAAGAGGAGGAGGAUGGCGACGCCUAGGCUGUGCAGUAUUAAAAAUGUUAUGGGGUAAUACAAUUCUAAAAAUAGUAAAAUUUGCAGUUUAUACCAUUCUGCAUCAAAAUUGGUGGUGCUUUAUUCUCCACUGUAGCAAAAAAAGCGGAAAACUUACAAAAAUGUGGUUAGCAUUCAUUUAGUAGUCACAAUAUUUUAUCUUUCAAAGAAGCUACCUUGCACAUAGAUUUUUGGCUGACACAGGCUUCUGCAACUGGUAGAACUUGAGGCAUUUUAACUUUCACACAUUCUUAAAACAGAGUGUAAGACAACCACAACUUUCAGACUUCUUUAAGGGUACUUUUUUCUAUUUAAUUCUUAAAUUCUUAUAAAAUGUAACAUAUUUUAACUAAGCAACGGAGUAGCAUUGUACUAUGUACAAUUUUUCAUACAAAUAAAUUGUGAAAAGUUUAAUGCCUUCAUUUUUUUUUUAAUAUCCUUUUCUCCAGAUUUUGGGUAAAGUGAGGGGGAGGGGAGGGUGGUCAGUGUAGUUCCACCAGUUCAGAAGCAAGUGAGUCCUAGGGCAGUGUAAGAUUGAAUGAGAUGGUAGCAGUGAGGUUUACAAACGCUACUUUAUUUAUUGUUGUGUGAAUGAAUUUUACUGUCAUUGUGAUUCAUUUGUGUCAGGUUUUAGUUCUAGGCAACUAUUCUUUCAUAUUCAAUUUUACGGCACAUGUUGCUCAUAUUUUAUGUUGCGUUGACUAUUUGAUUAUGUAUGUUUUUUUUUUUAACAUUCUAUUGAGUCCAGAUAUUUUUCCUUUUUUAAAAAACAAAUUAUUCUAGCUUUUAGACUUGAACCCUAGAUCUUUCUAGAACCAUUUCCAUUUAUCUUAGUGAUAUAGAUUAUUUGUCACAACUUUGUUGUAUGGUGUACAUCUUGAAUUGGUUUGUUGGGGUUGAUUUAUCUAGUGUUAAUUCAUCUCAUUACUUAUGGUAAUUGCAUUGGAAACUAUCAAGUUACCAGACAAAUUGUUCUUGUUUGUGCUUCCCCUGUUAGUUUUGUGAUUCAGAUGAAAAUGAACUGUGGAAAUGGUUACCUGAAGGAAUUUUAAGCUUUAUUUCCCAUUCUUAUCUUUGUCUCAAGGACUGUUGUCUUCGACAGUCGAAUGAGUGUUUAGAUAUAUUAGUGAACCUUUGUUCAAAAUAUUAAGGGGACACUAACUCAACUAGUCAUUUGAUCAACUGUGAAAGACCACAUCUUUUAUUUUCAUUUUCCCCCAUAAAUAUAUACAGAAUUCCCUUGCUCUCCUAAACAAACUGUUUUAUUGUUGGAAGUAAGGUAUGGGACCAAGAUGGAGUAUUCAGGAUGUACAAUGUAUCAUUUUAGUUUGAAUCCUGCCAUCCUUCAGAUCUUAUUAAUCCACUUGAAAGUAAGGCCCAAAUGUGGAUGUUGCUGUUUUGAAAUUAUUAACUACCUCAUGAUUCUUCCUUCAUUAAUGCUUGCCCAUAGAAAUUGGAAUUUGAUCACACUGCAUUGUUUGUACCCUUCAUCUUCUGUUGAAUCAUUGUGUACCUAACACCCAUUAAAGUAUUACUGACCACA